ACAAGAUAAUGUAAAUUUCACACAUCAUUAUCAAACAAUUUACUUAAAAGAAUCCAAUGUUAAUGAUUUCUCAAAAUGUGAAACCAAAAGAAAACUUAUGACUUUAACACAUGCAACAUCUUUAAAACUACUGAAGCCAGAAGCAACAGCUUUGCUUCUUGAAAAUGAUCUCAAAGAAUACUGUUCGAUCGUGGACACUAUGCAAGGUCCAAAUGCUGUUAAUAACUACGCAGGACCUUGUCUCACUUUAGCAGCAGCUUGCAAAAAUAAAUCAAAUGCUAAGACUUGGAAAAGCUCUGCAGAUUCAUUAAAAGACGAUGCUAAGAAAAGAUUUGAGAAAUUUAGGAGUUGUACCGUUACUGACAAAGAUAUACAAAUGUUGGUAAAAGCUAAGAAUUCAAAACCGACAGAAUCUAAGACUAAUAAAGACAAUGUUGAAAAUAUUACUAAACUGAAACCAAAUUUCCAAUAUACUGAUAAUAGUAGUGGAGACAAGUCUAAAAAUAUUUUUACACCAAAGCCAAAUUUCCAAUAUACAUCAAAUUCUGCACCUAAUAAGUUCUCUCGCCAACCAUCUUUCACAAGUACCUACAAUAACAAUAAUAAGACUUCUAUCCCUGACCAACCUGAUUCACCGAGUACUACCAAUGCGUUUAGAACAGCCAAAAGUGAACUUAUUUUGCAACAAAUGAAAAAGAAUCAGGGUCAAAAAACUGAUAAUUAUGGCUACGGAAGUCUUAAAAGGUCUUUGGGCACUAGAAGAGGAGUUACUAACAAAUUUGUACCACCUAUAGCAAACGACAAUGAUAAAUCUGCUUGGAAUUCUAGUCCUCCCAAAGAAGUUGGUGGUGAAAUAGAUCCCAGAUUACAACAUAUUGACCCUAAAAUGGUCGAGUUAAUUAGAAAUGAAAUAAUGGACACAGGGAAUAAAAUAGGUUGGGAUGACAUUGCCGGUCUUGAUUUUGCAAAAUCCAGUAUUCAAGAGUCUGUAGUUUGGCCGCUGUUGAGACCUGAUAUCUUUACUGGUCUCAGGAGGCCUCCGAGAGGUAUCUUAUUGUUUGGACCUCCUGGUACUGGAAAAACACUCAUAGGUUUGACAAAGAUUGUCAAACGGAUUCAAAUUUCAAUCAGGCACGUGGGCCGUCGCAACGCGAGGCUGGGAAAGUGCAUAGCCAGUCAAUCAGGAUCAACUUUCUUCAGUAUAAGUGCCUCCAGCUUGACCUCCAAAUGGGUAGGAGAUGGUGAGAAAAUGGUCCGAGCAUUAUUCGCAGUUGCAAAUGUACAUCAACCAGCUGUAGUUUUCAUAGACGAAAUAGAUUCCCUCCUAUCCCAGCGCUCCGACACAGAGCACGAGAGCUCCCGCAGAAUCAAAACCGAAUUCCUGGUUCAGUUAGACGGCGCAGGGACUGGUGAAAGUGAUAGGAUAUUAGUCAUAGGUGCCACUAAUAGGCCCCAAGAACUAGACGAAGCUGCUAGACGAAGAUUGGUUAAACGGCUUUAUAUUCCUUUACCAGAUAAACCAGCAAGAAAUCAAAUGGUCAGUCGCCUCAUGCAAUCAGAAAAUCAUUCUUUGACUGAUGAAGAAAUUAACAGCAUAUCUGAUCUAACUGACGGUUACUCUGGUUCGGAUAUGAAGAAUCUUUGCCAGGAAGCUGCUCUCGGUCCAAUAAGAUCUUUAGAUUUUCGAGCUAUUCAGAAUAUCAAGACGAAUGAGGUUCGUCCAAUAACAUUCCAAGAUUUUGAGACAGCUUUGAAACGAGUUCGAGCUAGUGUAUCAGACAUGGACUUAGACCAAUACGUGAAGUGGAAUAAUUUAUACGGUUCUGGAUAAAUAAUUCUGUCUGAAAUCA